GGAAAAAUGAUCAUUUUGUUCACCAGUAUCAUAUACUCCUACUCUUGACUUAGCUCAUCUUCUCGGAAUAAAUAUGAAGUGUCUAUGAGUAAAAUUGUUCAGAAGCAGAAAACCUCACGUUUGUCCCACUAACACCAUUUCAGAAUACAUUGCUUAGCAUGCAAUUUGGUUUUGGGGGACUGGGAAUAAAAACUUGGAAAGAUAGAUCCCAGUAAUAGGCCAGGCUCCUUUUCUAAGGUCCUACACUCCCCUACUCUCUUUGUAUAACCAUGAUUUGUUACCUGUUUUUAUUUAUUUGAUAAGUUCUCCAGUAACUUGAGGUUUGGAAUUUGGUUUGGAAUAAAGUGAAGCAGAUUGUCACCUGUUUUCAUAUUAAACCAAAAUAAUAUUUCUAUAUGACUAGGAUGAUCAUUUCUGUGGCCUUAAUUUCCCAAAUAAAAGUAUUCAUAGGUUCUAAAGUAACAAAUACUUCUGAUUCCAGCACACUAAUAGGAUGGUUUCAUAACUCUCUUAGAAAAGGAGGGCAUAUGUCUUAAAACUCAUAAAAAAGCCAUAUCUAAAUGUUUCAUUCAGAUAAAAUUUCCUUUCUUUAUAGAAAUAUAUAUUUCUUCAUGGAAAUUUUUUUCAGCUUCUGUUUUUACACAAGUUUUGUGUGAUUACUCUUCCCCACUACUCUUAGUUGAGCCUGAAAAAUCAGGUGUAAAAGAUCUUUUUCUUUCAAGGAUAAGGUAGAAGGUCCAGGCUGGCUGAAAGUCCUGGCUAGUUGGCCCUUUGCCAGUGUUUAAAUCCUUAUUAUCUGGGAUCCUACUUCGGGGUGAGAGCCAGGAAGUGUUUCACAAAUCAGGCUUUCAACAUCCCAGCCAGCAGGAGUGGAGAACGGUAAGUGGAGGUGAUUUCCCUGAAGAUACAUAUACCACUUCUGCUUACACCCUGCUAGCCAGAACUGAGUCAUGUGACCACAGUUGGCUGUAAGGGUAGCUUGAAAUGUAAUCUUUCACUGAAUUCUAUUACUAAUUGACAGGUGAGUGAAUAUCAGAGGACAAUGAAUAAAUAUUAGGGCACCCUACAGAUUGUAGUGUUAAUCCUUUGAACAAAGAAAGUCAUUUAAAUUUUUAUUCAGAGGGAUGUCAUAAUCAUAAUUGUGUUUCCAAACAUAAUUUUGUGUGAAAAGGAUUGGAUGGAGCCUGAGUGGGUGUGAAGAGGCCAUUCCUGAAGUCCAAGUGAGAGAUGGUGGCUAGAACUUGGCAAUAGCAGUAGGCAGGAUAAAAGCGAUGGGGUGAAUUCAAAAGAUCCUGAAGAGGUAAUAUUGACAGAUGAAAUGUGAACAGAGGAGGUAGAGAAGAUGUCCAGAUAACUCUAGGUUUCUGGCUUGUGUUGCAGUCCCUGGAAGAAGACCAGGUUUAGGGAUGAGAUGUUUAUGGACCCCGGGGCCCCUGAGUUCAGCUUUGGAAAUGUGCUUUAGAGGCAUCAGUCAGGCUGAUUCUACACAUCCAAAAUAGGAUUUCAAAACAAACUGACCACCAGUUCACAAUCAGAGUCUCAUAUCUAGUCAUUGUUAACUAAUCUGUUCAAUGGGAUGUUUCCCUGUGAGGGUUUCUUGUGUUAAAGGUCUUUGUACUUAUCACUUGUCCAAGAAUGAGUCAUCACACACAAACAUAGGAAAGCCAGCCAGGUGGAAGGGAGUCUUUUAACCAGCAGAAGGCCUUGCUGAUUCUGGCUAUGGUCACAGUCAUGAACAGUCGUCUUGUGUAGAUAGUAUGGAUGGGACUGUGGAUCACACACAGGAAUAUUAGUUACACAGCCCCACAUGUACAGUAACUCAGCCCACACUCAAUGAAUGGAAUCAUCAUCAUUGUUCUAACCAUAUUAGGCACUACAAGAAAUAUGUAAAACUCCAGAGCUAGAAAGCAGUCAUUUUGUUUCUUGUGUUAUUUAUAUAAGUAAUUCACUAGAUGUUUAGUCUUUUGCACCUUUUAGUUGACUUGUGACAUUUUUCUUAGACUUACUUCUAUCACAAGGUAAUUAAAACAAAAGAAAAACCACAUUAGAGUGCUGUGUCCUGCCCAAGCAACCAAAACAUCCUACAACUAAUAUAUAGGUGGUAUUGACAAUUUCCUAAUCAACUACUUUGUACCACUGAUGCUAUGGCUACACAUUUACAAUUAAGUAUGUUUAGAUUUCCAAUGAGCACUAAUGUUUUUGAAUUCAUUUUUUCUUCAUUGGACAAAUAUACCAAGUGCUACACUCUGGAGCUUGGGAUAUUCAGCGAGUUACUAAUGAAUGCAAGGGAUGGCCGCCCUGCCUUCUGGGAGCUGUCAUCCUUGCAUUGCCAUGGGAUUCAAUUCAGAUAAACCUAUCACGCUCUCCAGCCAGCCCACCUCAUAGUCUGUCAAUCUGAUCACAUUCUAACGCUUGGCCUCCUCUUCAUCUGGCCUGGCUGGCUCUGUGGUGAUGGGUCUCCUGAGGCUCCUGCCCAGCCCUGGCCUUCACUUUAGUUGGCAGAGCCCAAAGAAGUACUGGGCAAAGGUCGGGGGGGUUCGUUAUGUGAGGCAAUGGGCUGCGUGCUUUCAUCUACUCUUCUGGUACCAAGGGUGUGUGUGAGAGACAGAGAAUGAGAAUAUAAUUGAUUUGGGGAGGAUUAUAUAUGAAAGCAGCAAGACCGAGAAGCUAGAGACUAAGACAUGCCAAGCAGUGACCAAGAAACUUCUACCAUAUUGUACAAAUUAGUGUAAUAUGGUCUGCUUGUAUACAUGACUGAAUGAAAAAGGAAAUUUAAGACGUUCUCGCCACACAGCCCAGAGGAAACCAAACGAAAAUCCAGCCUCUGUUUCAAGAAUAUUGCUGUACUAUUGGUCCUCCAGGUAUGGAUCUCUGGCAACUGCUGUUGACCUUGGCAGUGGCAGGCUCAAGCGAUGCUUUUCCUGGGACUGAAGCCACAGCAGGUACCCUUGGCAGAGCAUCCCAGAGUCUGCAAAGAGUUAAUCCAGGUGUAGGAACAAAUUCUUCUGGGAAGCCAAAAUUCACCAAGUGCCGUUCACCUGAACUAGAAACUUUUUCAUGCCACUGGACAGAUGGGCUUCAUCACUGUUUAAAGAGCCCGGGAUCCAUACAGCUGUUCUAUAUUAGAAGGAACACUCAAGAAUGGACUCAAGAAUGGAAAGAAUGCCCCGAUUAUGUCUCUGCUGGAGAAAACAGCUGUUACUUUAAUUCAUCUUAUACCUCCAUUUGGAUCCCCUACUGUAUCAAGCUAACUAGCAAUGGUGAUACGGUGGAUCAAAAGUGUUUCUCUGUUGAGGAAAUAGUUCAACCAGAUCCACCCAUUGGCCUCAACUGGACUUUACUGAACAUCAGUUUAACGGGGAUUCAUGCAGAUAUCCAAGUGAGAUGGGAACCACCACCCAAUGCAGAUGUUCAGAAGGGGUGGAUAGUCCUGGAGUAUGAAUUGCAAUACAAAGAAGUAAAUGAGACCCAAUGGAAAAUGAUGGACCCUGUAUUGUCAACAUCAGUUCCUGUGUACUCGCUGAGACUGGAUAAAGACUAUGAAGUGCGUGUGAGAUCCAGACAACGAAACUCUGAAAAAUAUGGCGAGUUCAGUGAGAUGCUCUAUGUAACACUUCCUCAGAUGAGCCCAUUUGCAUGUGAAGAAGAUUUCCAGUUUCCAUGGUUCUUAAUUAUCAUCUUUGGAAUAUUUGGGCUAACAAUGAUAGUAUUUUUAUUCAUAUUUUCAAAACAACAAAGGAUUAAGAUGCUGAUUCUGCCCCCAGUUCCAGUUCCAAAGAUUAAAGGAAUUGAUCCAGGUCUCCUCAAGGAAGGAAAAUUAGAAGAGGUGAACACAAUCUUAGCCAUUCAUGACAAUUAUAAACCCGAAUUCUACAAUGAUGACUCAUGGGUAGAAUUCAUUGAGCUGGAUAUUGAUGACCCUGAUGACAAGACUGAAGGAUCAGACACAGACAGACUUCUACGCAAUGACCACCAGAAAUCACUUAAUAUCCUUGGGGCAAAGGAUGACGACUCUGGACGUACCAGCUGUUGUGAACCUGACAUUCUGGAGACUGAUUUCAAUGCCAGUGACAUUUGUGAUGGUACCUCAGAGGUUGCUCAGCCACAAAGGUUAAAAGGGGAAGCAGAUCUCUUGUGCCUUGACCAGAAAAAUCAAAAUAACUCGCCUUCUAGUGAUACUACCCCUGCUCCCCAGCAGCUCAGUGUUACCCUAGCAGACGAAAACAAACCAAGAGCACUUCUUAGUGACGCUGAGUCAACUCAUCAAGCUGCCCAUCCUCAGCUAAGCAAUCCGAGUUUACUGGCAAACAUUGACUUUUAUGCCCAGGUAAGCGACAUUACACCAGCAGGGAGUGUGGUCCUGUCCCCAGGCCAAAAGAAUAAGGCAGGGAUAUCCCAGUGUGACAUGCAUCCAGAAGGGGUCUCGCUCUGCCCAGCCAACGUCAUCAUGGACAACGCCUACUUCUGCGAGGCAGAUGCCAAAAAGUGCAUCACUGUGGCCCCUCAUGUCGAGGUCGAAUCACAAGUGCAGCCAAGCUUUAACCAAGAAGACAUUUACAUCACCACAGAAAGCCUUACCACUACUGCUGGGAGGUCUGGGACAGCAGAAGGGGCUCCAAGUUCAGAGAUGCCUGUCCCAGACUAUACCUCAAUUCAUAUAGUACAGUCUCCACAGGGCCUCAUACUCAAUGCGACCGCCUGGCCCUUGCCUGACAAAGAGUUUCUCUCAUCGUGUGGCUACGUGAGCACAGACCAACUGAACAAAAUCAUGCCAUAACCUUUCUUUGAUUUCCCAUGAGCUACAUAUUUAAUGGCAAAGAGUUGGCUGAGGCAUAAACGCUCAAACCAAAACAAUGUUUAAACCUUUUCAGGGGAGGGAGGCAUGGACUCUAAAUGCCUUUUACCUGAAAUGUUGACAAGUGAUAUUAAAAAAAAAAAGAACAAUUAAUCAGAUAGAUAUUCCUGUUGUGAACUGUAAAUAUUUUAAUCUCAAAGACUAUUUAGUGGCAGUGAUUGUCUUGUUAUUAUGGGUGUUAAUUUUGUGAUACUAAGCAUUGAAUGACUAUGUUUUUAAUGUAGAGUAAAUCAUGCUUUUUGAAAAAGCAAAACAUCAGGUGGCUUUUGCAGUUCAGGAAAAUUGAAUGCAAGUCAUAGCACAGUUUAAUUUUUUUUUAUUAAUUGGAAACUAAAAUUAUAGGUAAGAAGACAUAGUUUGGAUAUGUAAAAUGUUUAUUUUGACAUAAAAUUGAUAACAAUAUUUUUAAUAAUUUACACUUCAAGUAUGGCUAUUUUAUAUUACACUACACACUGUGUACUGUGGUUCCUACAGACCAUCUGAAGAAUGUAGCAACUACAGUCCAAAGUUGGUUUAACACUUUGAUUAGCGCACCUAAAGGAAAACAAACAACUUAGUUUUUUACAAUGCCCUUUUUAUACUUCCCCAAAUCCCUUAAACAGUUCUAAGAUGAUUGUAGUUAACUUCAUUAUUGGAACAUGCACAUCUUAUCUGAAUUUCUAAACAAUACGUGUUAAUUUAGAAAACCAUUAAAGGUUUGCACGCCAACUUACCAUGAACCCAAACCAACAAUAACUCUUUCUUGUCCAAAUUUGGGUUCACAUCAGAGAGCUACACACUCAGAGGAGUGGGAAGUAUAGCUGGUCCAUACCUAUGGGAUAUUUACAUGCGGCAGCCUGCGGAGUGAGAUUCUGAGUGCAUGCAGAUCGUUGAGAGCUAAGCCCUGGGAGCUCUGCAGCAGGAUCUCUGCCUACACAACUUGGUUUUAUUCUACAGUUACUAAGCAGGAGUAAGGGACAAGAAGCAUUUUGUCUGUUGAAGCAAGUCGAAAGGCAGUUAACCAGAUAAUGGAAUAAAAAGUUGAAGAAAAUCAUUUUUGUCCCAGAACCUAUAGUCAGACACAGACUCGGUCAUGGUAACAAGACACAAAAGAAACAAAAUUUAAAUCCCCACAGAUAACUUAAAACUUACUUAAACCAAUAGCAGAAACGUCCUUCCUCACCAAACCUUUUAUAGGAUUUAUUUAGUAAAAGAAGUCUCACCGUUAUUUAUUUCCCCUCUGAAUGGACUGGCCUCAGAACUGUCAGAAGAAAGAAAAGGGGCCUGAGUAAUUUACAGAGUAUCGUUCAAUCUCCUAAUAACCUAAACAUCACUCUUAGGAGCACUGGGACUGGCCCCAAAAAAGAUUGUCAAAACGAGAAGAAUCUCAUCUCACUGAAGAAUGCUUCUCACUUUAAGGGGUUUUUUUAAAGGGUAAUUUAAGUUAGCUUUAAAUUAAAUAGUAUUUGCCAUUUAGCUCAGACCUUCUUAGGAAACAAGCUUAAUGACUGGUGAUUUAAAAUUCCUUCUUUCUUGCAGGAAGGACAGUGAAAAGCUAGAACUGGGUGUUUCAAGUUCAACAGGUCCCUUUGUGAUAGUUCAGUAGGUUCCCGCCAUCUUGCUGCUAUGGUUUUCUCUGAGCUACAUAAUUGAGUUUUACACACAAUUUCGUCAAUGUAGAGCCUGAUUCAACUUAAAACUGUGUGUUUUGGGAAAACUAUCUUACUAUUUCAAAAUAGGCUGACAACAAUUUCUAUAGCCAAAAAUAGCUAAAUACCUCAAUCAGUCUCAGAAUGUCAUUUUGGUACUUUGCUGGCCACACAAGCCAUUAUUCACUAGUAUGACUAGUUGUGUCCUGCAGUUUAUAUUUAACUUUCUUUAUGUCUGUGGAUUUUUUUCCUUCAAAGUAUAAUAAAUUUAUUUUCUUGGA